AUGUUUAAUAUAACUUCAACAACCUCAACCAAUGGAAAAGAUAAAGAUAAAGAAGAAGCCAACUUUAAGAAGCAAAUGGAUAAUGUCUAUUUAACAAGUCAAACUGCUGAAGCUUUUGUAAAGGACAAUUAUUACAACUUUUUAGAUAAUGAUAGAUCGAAAUUAUUAAGAUUAUAUAAAGAAAAUAGUAUGGUCUUGUGGAAUGGUACAGAACUGAGAGGUUUAGAAAAGAUUGAAGGUUUAUAUAGAGAAUUACCUCCAACCGUUCAUAAAGUAGAGUGUUACGACGCUCAAUAUAUAUUAGGUACAAAUCAACAAGUUACAUCAAUGAUGAUUACAGUUUCUGGCAAAGUUACAUUGGCUGGUCAGGUUACACAUCAAUUUCAACAAACUUUAGUUCUGACUAAAGAUCCUGUGAAUCAAAACUUUUAUUUAGGAAAUGACUGCAUGCGUUUGACUUCUACUUGCACAUAA